CGUACGAUUCUAUUCACAGUCUUUCGAUUAUAUUACGCUCGAAGUGCCCUGCUUAUAUCCACCUAUAUAUAUAUUCGAGCAUUUCGCAGCGAGGACGCAGCUGAUACCCGCAAAGAUGGACGUCGCAUACAAACAGCAUUCCAGUCACGCGCGAAGGAAGAAUCGGUCGUCUUCAAACCUCAACCACCUCUCUCUGGCCCCUCUAACGACUAAGAUGCCUCUUACUGAUGCCGAGCAUCUCCCCGACUUCGUCGCAUCUCCGCUUCACCAUAAUCCAUCCUAUCUUCAGGGGAAAUCAGCGCCAACAACCCCUCGGCUUUUCCAAUCUCCUUCUCAAACACGAGCUAACUCGCCUCGCCGAAGAGCAUCAAUUACCGACGCCCACGGUGCUGCAAAUUCCCUGGCCAAAAGCAAAUCAACAACGCACCUUCACGUCUACAAGGAUGGUCGUCAUGUCCUCAGUGGUUUCUCACCGCUCUCUCGGCGUCGUCACGAUGAGGACCAACGAAGAGAUAGUGAUUGGAUGCUACGGGCCGGCGCUUUGAUUAGUUCAGAAACUCGCGAGUCUAAAGGUCAGGCAUGGCUGAUAUCGAGAGCCAGUUCAACAAGUCUCACGGGUGUGCGUGAUGCUGAGGAGGAGGCCUACGAGCGGGAGCUUGCUCGAGAGCGGGAGCUCGCCAGUCGGCGGAACAGCCGAAGAGGUAGCGCAGUUGGAAUUGAUGAUGAGUUUGUUCCAUCUGGCAGUCGCUAUGGCAGUCGCUCACAGAGCAGGAUGGGUAGUAGGAGCCGAAUUGUAACCCCGCUGGAACGGAGCCUGCAGGACGGCUACUUUGGUCAAGAUUACGCCGAAGACAAUAUACCAGGUCCCGACUUUGUGAGUUUAGACGAAGAGUUGGAGGCAGUUGAGUUCGACACGAGCAAUGCGGACGAGGCAACCAUUCGAAAGCUAAUCACAAGGCGCGGCAAUGGUGUAGGGGCCUGGAUGUGGUCUCUUUUCGCUGUCGAGGAGAACGAUGAAGAUUCCGAUACCGCUGACGGCGAUUUAACGGAUGGCGAGACCGAGAGCCAAGCUCCGCGUAGCGCAAGUACUAUCGAUUUCGAAGGCUUCUCAACUCCGCCCGAGCCACGAGUUCCACCGCCGAAAGGAGAAGAAGGUACCGGCUGGCAAGAUGCCGCAUGGCUUCUAAGCGUGGCGUCAAAGGUGUUGCUGUGAGCUCGGGAUGAGAUGCAACAUCCGAGACACUAGCACAGUGGGCCCGCUUGGCGUUCGGUAUUACAUACCGUACAUUCUCUACGCUUUACACAGAGAAGAAGACAGUGUUUGUGUGCAGAGACCAUGCCGUAGACAUAUGCAUAUCGGCUUUGAUAAUCAGCGUUCUGUCUGGGUAACAUUAUAGCAGGAUUUGGGGUUUCAUGGGAUAUUGUUAUUUAUAAUAUUAAUCAAGCCAACUCGAAACGAGUACCUGAACAUCUAAACAUGGAGUUUUCCCGAACACUGCAGAUUAGGU